AUGGAAAAGUACUAUGAGCGAGUUUUGUUGGAAAUGAGGACCAAUUUUCAGUUUCCGACUGAUCUCAUGUUCAGACCUCAAUCAGAGCAGCCGCCCAAACCAGGGCUCCACGCAAAGCAUGUUGAGAAUGCAAUGCAGCGGCAUUUUCUGCAGAAGAACAUCUUUGUGGAUUGCGGGCCUAGCUUGAAGAGACCAGUUACUUCUUCUGGUGGGAUUCCAUGCUGUAUGCCCAAACACCCGGUGUACUUUGUUGAUCAGAACCGUUAUUUGAAUGGCGAAGACUUCAUGAAUGCCCAGGGCCUUUGGCCUUGUGCUUUCAAACCAGAAGUCUACAGAGAGAUUCUCAAGACCAAGGAUCUUGCCCAAGAUCUGGCUGGGAACAGCUUUUCAGCGACUGUUUCUCAGGCAGUUGCCGUCGCAGCAUUGGUGAGCUCAUCAGGGGCUUGGAGGGCUUUGUCAGGUGGCGGCCAAGCUGGCAAUGAGAGCUCCUUGCGUAGAUUGCGGGGAAAACGCAAGGCGCCAGAGUAUGACAAGCUCAAAGGCAAGGAGAAUGGCAAGGUGAGUGCUCCACGCAGGGGAGGACAAAAAAGACUAUACAAGCGGAAGGUUCCAGGAGUUGACAGCCGAAAGAACAACCGCGGCAAGAUGGUAAGAUUUGAGCAAGCAGUGUCCGACGGGGACGACAAACCAGCGAAAGCAGUGGAGGAGAUGAAAGGCUAUUACCGAUCUUGCGUCUACAAAUGGAGAAAAACACGACGACAAGACUCUUGGACAAUCAUUUGCGCUGCCUCACCCCGUUUGGCGAAGAAGUUUCGAGAGCUCCCGGACUGCAUCCGGUCCUUUUUGGGGAAGAGCCGAAAAUUCCCAAACCGGGCUUCUGCUGUUGAUGAGUCUUCAACUUGCAUUCUUCCAGUGCCCUUUCAAGACUUGGUAGCUGCCAUGAUUGUCGAGAGAAUCGAUGUGGGUGAAGAGGUGGAUUUUCACUACGUUUCUUCGCUUCUUGAAGCGGCCAUUGAACAGUGGAAUGAAUGUGUGGGAAUCCUGAAAAAGGAAUUGGAAUCCCCAGAAGCGAUCUUGAAGGAGAUUGACGCAGGGGAGGCAACCAGCGAAAGGGAUUGGGAAGCAGGCAUCGAGAAGAUUCGGGCACAGACCCAAAUGCUUCGUACGAUUUCCUUGUCAAAGAGUGAUGGUGCACCUGGUGAAUUCUGGAAAGCUGCGGAACGCUUGUGCAGAAAGACUUCAAUUCGCAUGGCGAGCAACUUGAAACCAGGGCGCCAUUUACAAUAUUCACACCCAGGUAUGGUGGCUGUGCGGGACUGGGUGAACUACCAGGUCGAAACCCACAAGGCACACGGUUCGCUCCUGGCAAACUUUGACCAAGUAUGGUCACUGAAUUGGCGACCUCGGAAGAAAGUCUUGCAGAAGAAGCCCGACCGAGAUGAGAUUGCCAAAUCAAUGUCCUUGAGGAGAACGCGGCACUGCAUUGAGCGCUUCAUGGGCAGAGAGCCCACUGAAAAGCUUGGUGAGAGACAUGAAGUGGCGCCAUGGGUUCCGGCUGUUCAAGGCGGCACGACCGCCAGCGUUGCAAUUGAGUCGUGGCGGCAGCCCCAUACCCUGACCACCCUCAGUUGGGUGACAGGAGAGCUGGGGCGGGGAUUUGUGACUUGCAAAGACGACUACCUUUCGGAGAAGACUCGUUCAGAGUUGAACAAGGAGCUGGAAAGCUGGUUGUACAUUGCAAGACCACGAUCACGGAGCCAUUUUUGGACGAGUGAGACGAUGGUAGAGUACCUGGAGUUCUUCGCACAAGAAUUGAGACAAAGACGCAAGGCCCUAGGCCUAAAGCAUUCUGACCGGUGUCUUCUGAUCUGCGACCAUGCAAGCCAGCAUAGUUGCAAGCAUUUUGCAGCCUUCAAAGCUGUCUGGUGUGAGCAGCACAAUGUGGAUAUCUUAACCGGAGACAGCAUAGAGUGCUCGAUACCGGGCGGCUGGGGGGCCACUGGCUCCCCAUGCGAUGGCUUCCAUCAGUAUUUGCACAUUCUAACGAAAGCGUUUGCGUCCACAACCACCUCAUGGCUGGCCGAUUUUGACCUUCGCACGACUCAAGACCAACUUCACCAAUCCAUCCAAUCAAGCCACACGGUCAGGUGUCUUGGUAGUGGAUGGUCUUUGUGUGGGCAUUUUCUGAUUCUCUGCCAGCGUUCCCUUCCCCAGCAAAAGAACUAG